GUGGAUAGGCCUCGACCCACCUACCUAGAUAGGUAUUCAUGCUCUCUGUGUUGAAGCGACUCGGGGAAGAAGAAUGUUGACUUGACUGACAACAAAUUCAACAACCAAUCUGUCAAUGCACCGCACAUUGCAACUGGCAAGAAACAAUGUCGGGACGGCGCAGUUAUCACAGAUUUCCCAAGGGCCAGACAUGUGAGCAGUGUCCAUCCAAAAGAUGGUAUUCCGAAGAUGGUCGCCGAUAUUGCGAUCGCGGUCAUGAGAUAGAGGGAUUCGUGGAACAUGACUUUGAAGACGAAGAUGGGUUUGGGCAGACGGGUGCGGUGGCGCGCAAGGAGAAGGAGGUCCGCGAAAAGGCCUCGCGCAUGCUCUCGGGCAACGCGUCGCGCGAGCUGUACCUCCAGUGCCUGCAGCUCGUUCUCCGCAAGCAGCUGUUCUGGCUCGUGCACGACAGGGGUCUGCCUACUGAACUGGAGACGGUGGUGCGGGACCUCUGGACCCUGAGGACGCGCAACAUCGAGGGGCUCAAGACCGUCUCCGAGGCGGAGCGGGACGAGGACCUCCAGUCGGGUGGGGAGAGGAGCGAGACCGAUGGCAGCGAGAUGAAGAUGUUCAGCAGUGGCGGAGAGUCGGAAGCCGAGCGGAUUGAUCGGUCAGGUACUGGGACGAGAGGCAGCUCAAGGGCGAGGAGCUGGACUUCGGAGAUCGGGAUCAAGAGGUCCCUCCCCAGGCUGGUUGAUACGCUGGGGCUUUGUUACCUGGGUUGCCUGUUGAUGCGGCUGCCUGUCAGGGUCGGGGACUUGUUCGGCUGGGGCAAGAACAAUCAGAUCAUCUAUCUUGAUGCAGUCCACGAAAUCCCUCGCGAGAUGCGGGCUCGUCUACCCGGCCAAUAUCAAAAGGCACUUUCGGCCCGGUCUGCACCCUUUUCGGGCGGAGAGCUCCAUCAAACGGUUCUCGGGCUGGUUUUGUCCUUUCACAAAUUCUACAAGAUGACAUUCCCGCCUCUUAAUAGACAGCUGCUUACGCUACGAUACGUUAAAGAGCUAGCAUUGCCACCCGAGAUAUACAUAUUUACCGAAGAAAUGGUCGACUUCCUUAAUGUAGACUUUACAUUUCCGGUCGGACAAAGAAGAGUGCAACUACUUGACCAUCCCGAUGUCUUUUUGAUAUCAUGUAUCGUUAUGGUCACCAAGCUGAUAUGUCCUCUUGACGACGUUCGUCGAGGCACUAUCGAAAGUAGCUUCUCGUUACCCUUGCUGAAGAUCGACUGGCAACAAUGGAGGGAGGAAUUCGACGUGGCACCAAAAGAGUCACUUUCUCGAAGAGACAUUGAGAUGCUGACCUCUGAAGAUGCCUGGACUAUAAGUCAAGCUAAAGCAGACGACUAUCUUGCUUGGUUUCAGCAGGUCAAGAUUGACCCACAAAGAUCCAGUCAGCUAGGGCGCUUUGCCGGUCUUUUUCCUCUUCAGGAGCAACAAAGAGAACCCAACCCAAUACACGCUGGUGAGGCGGCUAUCGACGAUAGGCUGCUAGAAAUUCAUAGCAAAAUGACUCUACAGCUUCCCGAGGAUUCUGCGACUGGGGACGUUGUGACGACAAGCUUUGGAACUAAGCACUGGGUCUGGCGCAACAUCGACGAUCUCCCGCCAACCGCUAGGGCAUUUUACAAGAGGGCCGCUGAACUAUCAGGACUUGCCCCAAGCAGACUUGCCAAGGCGGUAUUCAUGCUUGAACGACGGCUUGAUAUGUGGAUCAAGAGGCAAAAGGAGGAAUCGGGAGGAACCGAGCAGUUCGCAUAGUACACAAAUACCAUGUGUAUUGGCUUGCACAGGAUGAUAGGUAUCUCAAAUACAAGGCAUUCUGCGUAGUCUAAAUGAAGCGAUGUCACCUGGCUUAUGCCAAGCCAAUGAACUUUAUACAAUAG